AUGGUUUUCACAUUUAUAAUAGAUGAUAUAAUAAAUCCAUAUCUCCCAUCAUUAAAUCUUUCUAAACAUUUACCAAGAUAUAUUGGACGCUUUUUAGGUUAUCAUAAAUUAAGACCACGACAUGAUUAUUAUUUAUGGAUUGAUAUCUUUCUCAGUACAUUUGUUGGAAUUUUAUUAAUUGAAGGAAUAUUUCGAAGUUCAAAUGUUUUCACCACAUAUCAUCAUGCUCCCAUUAUAUUAGCAUCGUAUGGGGCCACGGCCAUUUUAACGUUUAAUGUGAAUACGUCUCCACUUGCUCAGCCGCGAAAUGUAUUCUUUGGUCACUUUAUAGCUUCUUUGAUUGGAGUUUGUAUUCAGAAACUAUUCAGCUUAUCAGAAACAGGUAUAAAUCAUUAUUAUAUAUCAGGAGCAUUGUCCGUAAGUGUUGCUUCAGUGGUUUUAACAAUUUUAAACUGUGCUCAUCCUCCUGCAGGUGCAAGUGCCUUAUUACCAUCAAUAGAUGAACAAAUACGACAAAUGUCAUGGUGGUAUUUACCUGUUCAAAUUAUAUCAUCAAUUUUAAUGAUUGUUGUUGCAUGUAUUAUGGGAAAUAUAAUAAGAGUAUAUCCUACUUAUUGGUGGAGUCCCUUACCUUUAGGACAAAAAUAUCAAAAAGAAGAAGAAGAAAAAGAAGUAAAAGAAGGUAAACCUAAAGUUAAAUCACAUACAUUUAAAGAGUCAAUGGAAAUUGUUAAAGAAUCAGGUUUGAAUCAGAUUAUAAUUAAAGUUGAUUCAAUCAUAAUUCCAGAUACUUUAGAAUUGGAAGAAAUUCAAAUUGAUUGGUUGAAUACAUUAAAAUUAGAAUUAUUAAAAUUAGAUACAAUAAAUGUGUAA